GUGGUGGCCCUCCUGUAGCUCUUUUUACCAAACGUGUCUCUUUUGAUAAUGCAACUGGUGUAAGUGGGUCUUUGAAGUGUCUGUGCUCAGACCGGAACAGACUGUACUCCACUCCCCAAGGUGGAGGCUAUGUUAUAUGGCGGUGUGCAGCAGUAAUGCUGGUCUGACUGAAUUUGACUGCCUGGACAGUAGAAUAGAAGCAGUGGAUUGAAAGAGGGGAGUUAUUUCAACACAUAACGCAAUACUCUGGCAAGGAGAACCUCGCAAGCCAAAGGUACGGAACCCACACAAGCUGACCAUUGGAGAAGCCCCCCCCAAAAAAAUCACCCACAAACACACUCAACCACACAGAUAUCAUAAACUCCUACACACAUACAAGCUGACCUGUCCCCUGUGAGCCCACAGUGGCGUAGCGAUGGACAGCUGGACCCUCCAGGGGGACAGCUACUCCUUUCUUCGGAACAGCAGCACUCCCCGCAUCCUCUCCCUGCGCCACCGUGACGGAACCCCCAACCACGUGGAGAUCUUCGACAUCACCAACAUCCCCAGCCAUCGCUCAGCCAUCUCCGAGACCACCUGUCUCUGUGACAUCUUUGGGGACGACUGUGAGCCGCGGGCCCCUUCCUUAUCCUGCAGCCCUGCGACGAGGGCCUCAGUCCAGCCUCCUAUACCCCCACCGAGGAGGGAAGCCGCAGGGCCAGUGGAGAGCUCUGGUUCACCCCCGGUGUCAGCACUCGUGUUGGAUGAGCUGAACGACUCAACCAGUUCUUACCACACAGCACCAGAGAGCUUUGAGGAUUCUAGCGAGGAGCUCAGUCCUCCAGUACAGAUCGAGAAUAAAAGUGACAUAUCUGAAGACAGGAAGUUAGGAGAUAUAGCCACUCCAGGAGAUAACUCAACAUUAUCAACACCUGGACAGAAUACAGCUAAUUCGUCACCUGAAGGGCCUCAACUUAUCAGUGAAGAAAGAACACCCUCACCUGGCGACUGUAAUACUUCAUCUGACGGUAGCUGUUUAGUCUCCUCAGUAGUCCGGGUUUCCCCUGCGCCCUCAACACAGCAAGGCAUAACUGACCUGUCACCAGUAACAGGGGAUAGAUACUCUUGCCCAUCUGCUAAAUCUGUUGUCUCUGUGCAUUCUACUGAAGACAGAAACCUAGAUAGCUCACCUGGAGUCAGUGGCCCAGCCUCCUCACCUGACGUGACACACAACCUUUCUUCACCUGAGACUAGAGAAGCUCCAACUGAACCAGGCAGUGUCAGCCCCUUAAAUGAGGUAAUCGCCAACCCCUUCCCAUCUGAUUACAUUGCAUCAUUUGAGCCUAGUCUGAGAGCUGUAAAACCUGAGCCUCAAUCUAUAUCUCCUUCAACCUCACUUACAGUUAUUGGUACAGGUACCUCACUUCAGCAAAGUGGUACAUCUACCUCACCUGAGUUUAAAGAUAGAACAUAUUCACCUGAAAUUAAAAGGAGAGUGUCCGUACCUGAUCUGUUUAGUAGAACCUCCUCACCUGAGUUAGAGGACACCGUCAGUGCAUCUGAGCUGAUACCUCACUUACCCCCUGCAGAUAGACACCUGAGCUCCUCAGAAGGAACCAGAAGGAGUGUUUCUACACCUGGUCCCAGGUACACCCCUCCUACCCCUGUCACCUACUCUCAAGCAUCUUCACCUGAGCUCAGGUCUGUCACUAGCACACCUGAACUAAGAUCAGCCAGCAUCACACCUGAAUUGAGAUCAAGUAGUGUAGAAACUGAACCCAGUCUUCUUAGCAUCCCAGCUAAACUCAGAUCAACCAGUGUUUCAACUGAAGCCAGUAUAACCAGUGUCACACCUAUUCCUGAACUGCUCAAUUCAAAUAGUCUCACACCCGAAUUCAGAUCAGAUUCAAAUUUAACUAGCUCAUACCACUCAGAAUCCUCCUUCUCUUCAGACACCUGGGAAAAAACAUCCUCAAGAACCCCCUCACCUGAAACACACUUUAAUAAAACCCCCUCAAGAACCACCUCACCUGAAACACACUUUAAUAAAACACCAUCAAGAACCCCCUCACCUGAAACACAUUUUAAUAAAACCCCAUCAAGAACCCCCUCACCUAAAACACACUUUAAUAAAACCCCAUCAAGAACCCCCUCACCUGAAACACGUUACAAUAAAAUCCCAUCAAGAACCUCGACACCUGAAACGCGCUACAAUAUAACUACAUCACAAACCCCCUCAUCUGAAACAGGCCACAACAGAACUCUAUCUAGAAACUCCUCUCCUGAGUCACACUUCAAUCGAACCCCAUCCAAAAAAACCUCACCUGAAACAAAUCACAACAGAACCCCAUCAAAAACAUAUAAUAAUACAGCUCCUCCACCUGAGGUAAAGUACAACAGCCCUCUUAUAGAUCCCAGAAGCACAGCUCCAUCACCUGAGAUCAGGAUUACAGCCUCAACUCCAGAGAUCAAGAGAAGGGACCUAACACCUGAGAUAACAAGGAAGGCAACGUCCCUGGACCAGUGUUUCAAAGCUCCUCCUAACCCUAGCAGCUCCUCCUCGUUGCCACAGGUCUCAGAUAUUUCCAAUUCCAUCCUCUCCCCAGAAGCCAGGGAGUUGGUGUCAACACUUGACAUCAACAGUCCCAUCUCCUCACCAGGGCGAGGAGACAGAACUCACCUGUCCCCUGAAAGGAAGAGUACCACUCCCACUGAAGGGAGAAAUAGCAGUCUGUCUCCAGAUUCCAUAGGUAGACGUUCUUCACCUGACGAUACAGCUAGCAACACCUCUGCUGGAAUCACCGGGAUAUUUACUUCCAUCCUCCAUCCUCCCGACUCCAGCGACAAAGCGAUAUCACCUGAGCCACCCACGUAUAAAAACCUUUCGCCUGAGUAUAAAAAACAAUCCCCUGUGUGGAGUGAAAGAGCCUCACCUGAUCCAAGAUAUAAAACACCAUCACCUCAGCCCAGGUACGCAGAAAAAGUGGGAGCCGCUUGCUCAUCACCAGAUUUAAACACUACAAUCUACUCAUCUGGUAGUCCUACAGACUCACCUAGCUCACCUGAGGUUGAUAACUUAGCAGAACACUUAACUAACAGCACAUCAAACCACUUGGGUAAUCACCUUUCUCACGACUCAAGGCAAACCUUGCCUACUGAAGAGAGUAGAGCAAUCAACUCUUCUCCUGUAAAAAACAUCUCAUCUGGGAUAAGAAACGUCUCACCUCAGAUCAGAAAUAUCUCAGCCGAAAUCAGACCAACUCCACCUAAUUCCAUUGUCUCAUUAAACGGAAGGAGCCCCUCCCACUCACUUGACUGUGAGGUCCCAGACAAUUUGCCUUUCCAGAACGUGGAUGAUCUGGAGCCUAAAGACCCAGCCUUACUUCUAACACCUGAACUUAGUGUUAUCAGCAACCAGUCUACAACACCUGAACACCCAGGUACAGAAAACUCUCCCAACCUUAGGAAUAAAACUAUUGAGAAGCUCACCAAAGAAGACAUGGCACAUCGUAAGGGUAAGGAGAACACCCCCUCCCCUCCCCUUACCAGGUUUACUCCAGUACACAUUAUACCCCCUUCCCCAGGGAGACAGCAGGGCCACUGGAGGAAAAGGAGUCACAGUCAGCCUGAAACUCAGGCCAAUGAGGCCUUGAUGGGGUCUGGGAACAUAAGUGAGUCUCCAAUAGAAGCUGUGACAUCCAGGGAAUGCCCCACUUUUUCCAAUGACAGCCAAGCGCACAUGGAAAGGCUGGAGAGGGGAGUGCAGAUGGAGCAGUUGUGGGAGACGCAAAAGAGGAAUCGAGAGUUGCAGAGGGAAAGCCAGAGGGACAGGGAGAGGGAGGUGGAGAGGGAGAGAGAUGAGAAAAGCGACAGACAGAAGGAGGAACAUAGAAAAAGGGCAAUGGAAAGGGAGAGGGUGUGGCAACAGGAAAGGGAGAGGCAGUGGGGGGAGCGGGUGUCAGGAAAGCUGGAUGGGGGGGAGGGGGAGGCCAGUAACAGGGGGGAACAGGUUGACCUGUCAUUCAGUGCCAGGAAUAGAAAAGAGCCGGCAAGCCACAGAGCAGCUCCCACAAGCAAAGAGAGUCAACACGGAAUGCCUGCAGCGCACAACUAUUCAGAGAGCCUGCUUGCCACAAGACAACAACACAUACAACAGCCACAACAGCAACAAAGCACUAAACUACACAGAAUAGAACACAGCUAUCAGACAGAGACAGCCAGAAGAGGUGGACCUGCACACAACAAGAAGCUUCAGCCCCAGCCCAAGCCUGUGAUACCCCAGUUUGGGUGCUCCAUUGAUAGCCCUGGUCCUAACUCUAGUUCCAACAUGGGCAGCGAGCUGGAUGAGGAGGACAACGAGGUAAAGUGGUUCAGUGACGUGGCCUUCCAAAGCCUGUCGUCUGGAUCACCUCAGGUGGAUUACUUAGACAUGUACAACUCCAGCCACUGUUCCUCCACUGGAGCUUCCCAGCCCUCCACCCAAGACAGCCCUGCCGGGGCUACCGCAGCCUGGCUGGCUUACGCUGACCUCAGGGGAUCUGGUCCACGACUGGAAAAUGAAGACUUCCAAGUCACAUGCCAGCAGCAGCCCUUGUCUGGGGCUUUUUACUCACAACACGAAGGCCUGGACCCGUCUAAAAAAUAUGAGAUGGGGAGCUUUGAAUGUGUGGAUGUGGCUGUAGAGAAAGACGAGCCCAAGAAGGUGAGGAGAGGAGUGCCCAAGAGACAGAUCCAACUGAAGCGAAAGAACACAGCUGAGCUGAAGCUGGGUGAGAAGACUGAUAGUAGUCCAAUCAUGGUUCCUGGUCCAUCGAUUUCGAUGGUCAGUCCUUCUCUACAAAGAUGUAACAGAGAGUCAUUACAAAGACAACACAGCACGCCUGCUACAUUUCAGGAACCAUACUGCCCUGAACCUUCCGCUGAGAAGCCCGAACGGCCCGAGAGGAUGGGCUCGCUUCAGAAGUCUUUGUCCCUGGAUGAGACAGGUUCCAAAACUAAGAUGGCCACCUGCCUAAUCAAGAGUAUCCUCUCCAAGAAGAUGCAGAAUGUUGGAAAACAAAGUGAUCUGGAAGGAGGUCACCUUAGCCCCUCGGAAGAACAAAACCCUCCUCCUGGGAGAGAGGUGUCAAUGCUUAAACCAAACUCUUGGAGAAGUGACACGGUCAAACCAGAGAUGGGGUCUGAUUUACUGUUCCCCUUUGAGAGUAAAAAAUUCAGAGAGGUGGACCCCAUGGGGGGGAAGCAGUCAAAUGACAGUAAAUCGAGGAAUGAGAUAGAUGACAAACAUUUAAGUGACUCAGCAGAUGUACGUGCCCGAGCUGGAAGCACGCAGGCUGGAAUGACAAACACAAAGAAGGAAUAUCACUCUGACUCUGAAAACCACGAACAGCCAAGAGUCAAAAACACCUACAUGUCCAAAACACCAGAGAUUACCCUUAAACCUAGUCCUUUUACAGAAAAGAAAACCUCUUCUCUAAACGUCUCACUAACGCCAGAGUUGGAAAUGAAACCUGAGGUAAACCACAAGGCUACCAAUUGUGAGAGGACUUCACAUAGAGAAACCAGAGAAGAAAAAAUAUUAACUUCACAUGAAGUAACUAGAGGAGAAGAACAAAUAUUUACCUCACAUAGAGAAACCAGAGAAGAAAUGGGAAUGGAGACCUCUAACAAGAUGAAUGAACAUAUUGAGAAUGUGGAAGCUAAUGGUAAGGGUAAAAUCAAAGCUCCCCUGCACAAAGUAAGAGAUGUAAGAAAACUGGUGAAAAACACAUACAAUCUUUCAUUUAAGGCUGCACCAGCACUGGAGAAGGAUGAUGGGAUGGAGGAGGGAGUCAAGAGGAAGGAAGAACAGAAAGAUGGACAUGGGAGGGAGGAAUGGUGGGAGGAUAUCAAUGAAAAAAUUGUCGAAAAGAGAGUGGAGAAAAUAGUGGAAAAGAGAGAAGAUAUUAUCAUGGAAAAGGGAAAAGAGCGGAAAGGGGACAACCUACCACCUCUUCCGAUACAUCUGCAGAAAGAGGAAAAAUCGAUGUCUCGUCCUCAGCCAAUCCAGAUAGAAUACAAAGCAGUCAGCUGGAAAGAGAACAAAAUAACAAUGUCAAACCAAACAGAAAGGGAAAUGUCUGAAGACAGACCAAAGUCUGAUUCUUUAAAGCAGGUGUCCACAGUUGCAGCCAGAAAACCAGAGCACCCCUUUCACAUAACACCUACAAGUUGUGCAACAGAGGAAGUAGCUGUGUUAGAGACAGAGAUGAGCCAACACAAGACUCCUGUAAAGGACACUGUCAAAACAGAUACAGACAUGACUGAGGUAAAACCUUGUCAAACAGAGACACAGAGAACAACCAGAAGACAGCGUAGUGUAUCAGAGAGUGACAAACCUGAAGUAAUGCGAAGAGAUACAAAACCACCUAUUCUGGGCAGCAGCCCAAAGCUCCCUAGUAAAGACAAGGGAGUGUCAAGUGCUUCUCUGGUGCUACAGGAUGGAUCCAGUAAGGCCAGGUGUCUGUCAAACUCAGCUCCAGUCUCUCCGGCGCCAGCCAUGCCUGCCUACUCUCCAUUCCCUGUACCAGCCUUUUCAACUUCAACAACUGUACAAGCCUCUUCAUCUUCAACCCCUGCACUAUCCUCUCCAUCUCCAGCCUCUGAACCAGCCUCUCCACCUCCAGCCUCUGUACCAGCCUUGUCAAAUCCAACCCCUGUACCAUCCUCUCCAACUCCAGCCUCAGGACAAGCCUCUCCAACUCUAGUUCCUGUAUCAGCCUGUCCAACUCCAGCCUCUGAUCCAGCCUCAUCAUUUCCAGCCUCUGUUCCAGCUUUGUCAAAUCCAACCCCUGUACCAGCCUCUCCAAUUCCAGCCCCUGUAUCAGCUUGUCCAACUCCAGCCUCUGUGCCAGCCUCUCCAACUCCAGUGCCUGUGCCAGACUCUACAGCCCAAGAUCCAAUCUCUGCACCUUCUCUCUCACCCAAAGCUACCUCUGUCCUAGCUUCUUCUCCAGCCCCAACCUCAUCCUCAGGUCCCACCUCAUCCCUAGGCUUAACCUCAUCCCCAAGCCCAACCCCAGUUUUGGGCAAUGCACCUUCCCCUGUCCACACAAAGAUCCCCACCCCUAUCAUUUGUCAUUCUGUGUCCCUGCUAGUCAAGGAAAAAGGUUACCAGGCAGAUAUUGGGUCUGUAGUCUCUGAAGUUGUGUCAGAGGCUGUGAUAAGGGAUGAGGGAGGGCUCCCAAGGAAACAUAUCAACCGAAUAGAAAUUCCUCUUCAGUCCCAUGGAACUUUAGAUGGGGGAAAUAUUGACUCAGAUGGACAGAGAAUCUACUCUUCCUUAUCUACAUCCUCUGUGAAAGUUGCCACAUCUGUACCAUCGUCAAACGCUGUGAAAGAAUCCUCAUCUUUCUCCUCAGCCUCUGUCAACACAUCAACCUCAGCCUCUGUCAAUGCGUCUGCCUCAUCAUAUUAUACCCAUUCAGUCCCAACCUCCCCCAGGCUUCCAAGAGUAUCCUCUCAAAUGGACGACAGUGUUAGGAAUCAGGAGAGGGUUAGUGUCAGAGCCACAGUCAGAAACAUUGAGCAACGCACCACAUCACCACCCGAACAGAAGAAAACAUGGGAAGACACUGUUGAGAAAGAGACAGUUAAGAAGUCAACCUACUCACCGAAGUUAACCGGCUCACUUCCAGGCUCACCAGCACUGAUGAGGAGAUAUAGACCGCAAGCGAUUGAGGUGAGGUCACUGUCUAAGGAAAUUAAUCACCAAGAUAAACAAGAGACGACCGUCAUGUCAAACAGCAAGCCUCAACCUAUAGAGGUUCGCUCAAUCGCCAACGGUCCCCCUGUUGCACCAAAACCGAAGUUUAGACUGACAGAUGUAAAUUCACUGUCCAGCGAAACACAACAGGAUCAAUUUGAUGUGGCCCCAUCAAGUUUCAAACAGCAUAAAGAAGAGAGGCUUGUGCCCAACGAGAAACCAUCAACUUCCGCUACGACAAUCCAGAGACUACUAUCAUGCAAUUCCACACCCGCGUCCAACUACAAUAAAAAGCUAUCUGUUUCUGCAAUCUCCAGCUACAGGCCUCCACCAACCAAGACAACAAUCAUAGCUAGUUUCUGUCACAAACCAGCAUCAACGACAACAACAGAUACAGAGACAACAAAUGACAGGCCGAAGCAACCAGCAGCCUCAACCCAGGGACAAGAACAGGACACUAGCUACAACCCCUUGACAUCCACAACCCUCCCAACCCCCGGCCCAGGGCCUACCUCAACACAAGUCCCAACCCAAGAACGAGCUGCUUCCCCAGCCCAAGUCCCUACUCAUGCUAGUCACCUACAGCAUCCACAAACAACAACAUUGUCGUUCCCUCAGGAGCAAGCUUUGCCAGUUACCUUCAACAAUACAAAAAGACCCGGUGCAAUAUCGACCCAGGCGGCACCCCGUUACACACACCACAUUCACACACACCAGCCCCUUAACAGAUCCUUGUCAAGCGACCACUCGCCGAGGGCAGGCGACCUGCAUUUCUACGCUUCGGAUGACCCGCCAAGUUACGACGAGAGGGAGAGCUUCAGCCCUCUCCACCUCCCCGAUCUGCCUCAGAGGAGGCUGAACCGCUAUCACCCCUCCUCUCCUUCCUCCCGCCACCCUCCUUGCUCCUGCACCUCGAGCUGCCCCUCCCAUCCCUCUCACAACCGCAGCCCUCAUCCCCACCACCACUCUCCCCAUACCCACUCCCCUCCCGCCCCCUCCCACUCCCCUGGUCAGGCCCUGCCAUACUCAAUGGGGGGUCAACCACCUCUUCGACUGCACCCGAGCAGAGCGGACCUCCAACCUCUGAGUUCUAUGGGCUACCAGCCUGGCUCUCCUAAAUCAUCCACCUUCUCCAGUCCCAACCAUCCACCCCAGGGCAUGUACCAGUCCCUCCACCAGGCCCCUCCACACCCCUCCAUGCUCCAGCCCUGCCCGGGCGACCGCCCUCUCCAGCCUCCUCCACAUAUGGACCCCCGUCGGGGCCCCCCUCUUCACCGCGCCCCGCAAGGCCAGCCGCCUGUGUCUGGUGGACCCUACAGUGACCACAGCCACUCUCCCAACCUGCCCUCUAUGGACCCUCAGUACCUGUGUGGCCCACAGAGCCUCGGGCCCUCCUAUGGGUCUGAGUAUGGGAGUCUGUCAGGGUCUGAUUACCCAGACAGUACAGGGAGUCUGGGGUAUGGACAGAACCCUCGCAGGGUGCUCAUGGAUCCUGAAACAGGGAAGUACUUCUACAUUGAGAUGCCUGUGCAGCCACUGAGGAAAAUGCUGUUUGAUCCAGAGACCGGGCAGUACGUGGAGGUGCUCAUACCUCAGAGUACCAUGUCUCACUCGGGCCUUUACCCUCCAUCGGCUGCCCCCUACUCUCCUGCUUCGGCAGCUCCCUACCCCUCCAUCCACAACCCCAACAUGUACGCACCCGCACCCCAGUACCUCCCCUAUGGCCCCCCACCGCCUGUACCUCACUCCCAGGCUCAGCCCCAGCCACCCAGCCCCCCGGAGAUUCCAGGCCCAGGGAUGAUGCACCAGAAUGGGGCUCAGGUCAGCUACAGCAGCCCCGGGAGCCAAGGAUCUAAGACGGAGACUCAGAGGCGUGCAUCUCUAGACCAGAGCUAUCUGGAGAGUAUGUACUAUGUCCCUACAGGCAUGAACACUAGCCCCCCGGACUGCUUCCAUAAACAACCCCCGGGUCUGCCCAAUACGGGGGGAAAGAGGUCCUGAAAUAGUUGUCUUCUUAAUGCCUGUAGGGUUUUAGAAUACAUGCAGUGUGUAUAUGAGAGGUCUAAUGUUAGCCCCUGAUGAUGGUUUUAGCUGUAUUUACCUGGCAACUGGACUACACAGAAUUAUUCUUUAGUGGGCUUGUUUGUUGUUUUCUUAUUCUUUUCUUAUUUUAAUGCUUUUUAUCUACCUGGUUUUCAUAUCAGGUUUGUUUUAAGCAUUGUUUUUGGUCACCAAUUUCUUUUUUGUCAUGUUAAAGGUCGUUGGCGAUCUUUUAGUGAUUUCUUAUACAUUUGUUUUUUGGACAGAAACAAGUCCAAAUGUUCUACUGGUUAACUAAUGGCCAAAUGGUGUGCCUUAUCCAUAAUCCUAAAAUGUUCAUUAAAUCUAAACCAAAAUAUACUGUUUGUAUUUACAUUAAGAUUUAUGAAAGAAUGUGAUGUUUCAACUUAUCAUGCAUGUGCAUCCAUCAUAUAUUUAAAAUAAAUUCACCUUAACAAACUUGAAACAGAUACCUUCACACGGACCUUGUGCAUGUAACAUUUUCUUUAUAGAUUGAAUGAGUAGGUUGAAUGAGUAGGUUUUGUUCACAGAGAUGGCACCAAUAGAAAAGUAUAAAAUAUUGAAUGUAUUAAAAUGCCUGUGUAGUCCUUG